ACUGCAGAUAUAACAAAGAUUAAUAAACUUAUGACCAAAAAAAAAAAAACACAGAGAUUAAUAAAUAAAUCCACAUACAUAAUAGUAAGCUAUUCCAUUUUCAAGAAGUGGUCCAUGCUCUCUUAGAAACACCCGUUCAAAACAUCUAGUCCAUAUUGCUAGUUGAACAUAAGAACUCUACGGAGAGUAGAAGACUUUCUUUUGAGCUUUCAUCAAUGGCAGAUGGGUCUCGAUCUCGAACUGAAGCUGCACAACUGAACCAGAGCCCUCAAGAGAGGGUAAGAAACCGCUUUCAUGGUCGCCCUAGAACUCUUUAUGAACAAGAGCCCCAAGGAGAAAGAACUGAACAAGUGCUCCAGCAAAAUGAAAAUAGUGAGGCAGAAAAUACUGAUCAAGGCAACGAGACCAACAACAUUAAUGAGAAUUAUUUUCCCGCAUUUGAAAGCAUAGAUGUUGGGAUUCAAGAGGCUUACAACGAAGACGGUGAAAGUGGUGAUCGAGCAAGGAUGGGUGGAAACCACAACAUUUCUCGCAAUAGAUUUUAUGCAAAAAAAAGCCGUCGGGUUGGAAUUAUCAAUGUUGGCAACAAGAAUUACAACAAGUCGAGCGUACCAUAUCUUUUUGGUAUUCUUAUUCUUCUUGUUCUAGCUUUAUUUUAUAUUUUAUUUUAUAUAUUAACAGUUAGUAAGCAAAACAAAAAAUGA